UGAGGCAGAGUUUGAAAACUCACAGCUGAAGUUUGAAGGGUGUCCUCCCGCCCAGGGGGAGUGGUGACAGGAGCCCCAGCAAUGCGGGGCUGGCAGCAGGGACUGCGGGCGGCCCGGAGGGGCACCCCUGGGUGACAGCCCCCGCCGGGGAUUGAUGGCCUGGGGAGAGGAAGCAAGCUCAUUAGUUGCUGGAUAAUUUUAUUUUAAUUUUUUAAAAAAAAAUUUGUGUCUUGUGUGGGUUCCUGGCGUGGUAUGGAAGUGGCACAGGGGGCCAGCACCCGGCUCAGGAGGUGACCGUGUGCCUGUCACCCAGAGAAGCACAUGAGGAGGAGCGUGUCGGCUGCUGCUGCUGCUGCGAGACAUGGCGCAGCGACCCUGGCGAAGGACGGCCAUGAAGCCCCCGGCCCCGGCAGCUGUCGGGGCGCUGCUGGCCCUGGCCCUGCUGGCUCUCACCCACCUGCCCCCGGCCCCGGAGCACUCCCUGCUCCCGCUGCCGGCCUCGGCCCCCCCAGGGCCCCCGAGGGAGGCGGCCGUCCCCCUCUCCGCAGGGCAGGCCCACAGAAGAGGGCUCCCCGUGCCCCGCACUCGCCUGCAGCAGGAGCAGGCCCCCGGCCGGGGCAGGAGGCGGCGGGGGCUGGAGAGGGACGUUCCCCACAUUCCCCCUUGGCUCUCUGCCGACGACCUCCAGAAGAUGCGGCUGCUGUCCAGCGGGCAGGUGGUCUCCAAAUCCCGCGUUCCUGCCCACGGGCAAAUCAUGCGAGUGAGGCUGCGUGCCGCGGGGGAUGAUGCCAAGGGAGAUGCCGAGGGGGAUGUCUUGCCAGCCAGCCCGGAAGGAGACUGCCAGGAUGGGCGCUGUGGGCUCAUCAAGCGCCCCGGGGACCUGUACGAGGUGCUGGCCUUCCACCUGGACAGGGUGCUGGGGCUGAACCGCAGCCUGCCCGCCGUGGCCCGGCGCUUCAGCAGCCGCCUCCUGCCCUACAGCUACACCGACGGCGCCCUGCGGCCCAUCAUCUGGUGGGCUCCUGACCUGCAGCACCUGCAGGAUGCCAACAAUGACCAGAACUCCUGUGCCCUGGGAUGGCUGCAGUACCAGGAGAUGCUGCAGCCCCACAGACCGAUGCCGGUGGCCAGGGACGCUCCCUGCUCCAGCAUCCCACGCAGCGAGUGGAGCCGCCUGGCCCUCUUUGACUUUCUUCUCCAGGUCCAUGACCGCCUGGACCGCUACUGCUGUGGCUUUCAGCCUGAUCCCUCUGAGCCCUGCGUGGAGGAGAUGCUCCAUGAGAAGUGCCGGAAUCCAGCAGAGCUGGUCCUGGUCCACAUCCUGGUCCGGAGGAGCGCGCCGUCCCGCCUGGUGUUCAUCGACAACGCGGGCAGGCCGCAGCACCCUGAGGAGAAGCUCAACUUCAGGCUCCUGCAAGGCAUAGGCAGCUUCCCAGCGGUGGCAGUGGCCAGGCUGCGGUCGGGCAGGUUGCAGAGCCUGCUGUUGCAGUCCCUGCGCCUGGACCGGGAGCUCUGGGAGAGCCAGGGGGGCGCCGAGGGACUCAGACCCCUGCUCCAGACCAUUGACAGGCGGGCACAGAUCCUGCUCCGCCACAUCCAGGAGCACAACCUGACGGUGUUCGAGGACUCGCCACGCUGAGCCUCCCCCCGGCUGGCUCACGGUGUCCCUGCACAUCCCACCAGCCAUGGAUGUCCCUCCUGCCCUCAGCAUGGACGUUAUGAGGCUCCACACUGGUGCUUGGGUCUCCACAAGGUCUCUCAACUGGAGAAGCAGAUGGAACCACAGGGAGUAGGAAAGAUGGGGAAGAGAUGUCUCCUAAGACAAGCCAUGACUGCUUGAGAAAGGCAACAAUCAUCAAGUUAUGGUCUCAGUAUGGAUUUUCGAAGGGAGGGCACAUCCAUGAGGGUUUUUGGGUGCCUUUACUCACAUGCACACAAGCACAUAAACAGCAGCUAUGGAAACUGGAGUCUUGGACAGUUGAACAGCUGACAGGGACCCUGGAAAGAGUUAAAGAAGCUGUGGAGGAAGUCACUGGCAGCCUUUCCAUGGCUUUUUGAUGAUGUCUUUGCUAUUUCCAAAACAUCCUGGACAGAGAGGCAGGGGGAAAGCAGAGGGAAGCUUUCUAAGUGGAUUAAACAAAGACAAGACACAAGAGCUGAUCUCUGCCUUUCCCCCUGCAGAAGAGGUGUUGUGUGCCUGGAAGUGAGUGUGAGCCAGUGCCUGGAGUUGAGAUUAGGCAGGACCUUGAAGCUCAGCAGCACUGGGCAGCAGCUGCCCUCACACAGCCCAUGGUACCAUCCUCAGGGAGUGCCACGUGCUGUGUGCCAUGAGCCAUGGUCCAUGCCCUUGCCCUGGUGGGCUUGGGCUGCUGCCAAUGCUCUCAAUGUCGGAUUUGAAGAUUUAAAUCUCUCCUUUACUCUUUGCCUUCACUGUCAGGGGAUUAAAGGCAAAACUACCCCACUUCUGAAAAGCACUCCUGGCUGCUCUCCUGGGCACGACUGCAUGUAACUCUUCCCCAGGCUUGCAGAAAUAUGUUUUAACAAAAAUGCCAAGCUAUUUUAGCAGAAGGCAGUCAAGUGCAAAAUGGUUUCUGAGCGCGCUGGCACCUCCGGCAGAGCCCAUCCUGUUCCUGUCACCCCUCAGGCUCUUUCCCAGCAGCCCAUUCUGAUGAAGCACAGCAUCAUCCCAGCUAGGUAGGUCCUCAAGUGUCAGGGCUGAGGGAUAAUUCAAAACCAAAAUGAACAGGAGGAAAAGAGAUGCAGGGAUGCACUCCAUCAUUCCCCGCUGUGUGUUUCCCAGCUGAGGCAUGCAGUCAGUGUUUGCCUGGAGCAGUCAGUUCCUGGCCUGUGGGUUUAUGGUUCGCCACCAGAAGGCUUUUAAAAGGCCUCCUUUUCUCCAGUGUUACAGGCAGAGCAUCCAUUGCUUCAGGCACUCCCAAUUCACUUGUGCCUUUGGCAAGUCUCAGUGAGACUGGCAUAGGCACCCAGCUGCACCAUGGUACAGCUGCCCCAUUGCAAUAACUUUGGAGAACAUGGCCACCCAUGUAGUGGGAGAGGAAAAGCUGGCUGUGGAUACCUUCCCUGCUCCAUCCUUCUCAGCACUAUGUCAGUUUUAGAGUUUGCUUUAACACUCAUGCUGAUAAGCACAGGCAAUUGCCUUUUUUCCCCUUUUCCCUCUUGCUGAAGAGAAGGUGAAGCGAGACGUGGGUGACAUGAAUCAACAAGCAAGCACAAGUGCUCUCAGGAAGCAUCAGCACUCAGCAUCACAGGCACAGCAGCAUCCAAAGUGCCAUCAUCUUGUUCCUGGAGUCCUGCCCUCCAAUUAGCCAGGGAGGGCUUUUCCCCCAGCGCUCUCUCCACCCCGUGAAUUAUCACCCUAUUUGCUGUGCCAUGAGAUGGAUGACAAUCAUGGAAACCCUGCUAAAGCCUGAAUCAUGAGGAUUUAUUACUGGGAGGUGAGCUUAGCUUGUGAGCUUGAAAGAGAACAAAAUAACUCAUCCUGGGUCCUAUGAAAAGCCAUACCCAGGCAUGGCUGUGUAGGAAUAAAGAAAUCCAAAUGUAACAAAAUUAAAUUUAAAAAAUAUGCUGGGAAAAAACGUGAGGUAACAAGAGCAUUAACGUAGAGUUUUAAGCAGAAGGCAUAAGUUAUGAUGUACAGCAUCAGUCAGAGUCUUGUUUUAUCUCAUUGAAGUGAGAAAUUUCAUCAAAGGAGAGGUUUUCAUCGCAUUUAAACCAAGUUCUCAGCAAGAAUCAAGAGACAGGGGGGUGCUCUGUGCAGUGGCCAAAGCUGUGGACAUUGCUGAGCUGGACCAGCAGCUUUUGCCUUGCCUCUGGUUGCAUCUGCUCUACCUUAACAUUGCACAAGAUAGUGGGGUUUAUUUGCAUUUCUUUAGUUGUAAUGUGAGUUUGCUGGCUAAACACAUGUGGGAACAUCUGUAAGCAGUUAUACAUGUGAAUAAAAAUCUCUUGUGAUUUAACAAAGAGCCAUGUAUGGAUAAAUGAGAGAAGCAAAAGCCAAGAUCUUGCUGAGACUGAUCAUUAAUCUUCUUUAAUUAGUCCAUUUUUUCCAUGGGCUUGCCA